GUAUAUUUUGUACGAAGUACGAAGGUAUCAAUCCGGUCAACAUAGCUAUUUGUUGUCAGUAUCACAAAAUGUGUUGUGAUAUGGCUUAAGUUUAAAGCCUUACAGAUACUUCAUAGUGAAAAAGUUGACCAUCACUGGUCACAUUUAUUUAAACCUAAAGGGACUAAUAACAGACAUGGAGCUAAACACUUUCGCUCUUAUUUUUCUUCUGAUGUACUUAUUAAUAAGUGACUCCAGAGUUGCAUGUGCACGGGUUAAAAGUGAUCAGUGCAUUAAUGAAGGUGGCAUCUGCGUGAAAUCACAGACAGACUGUCCUGGAUGGAUAGAGACGUACGACCUCAGCUGUGGUCAUAAUGUAUGCUGCAAACCUCGACCAUCUACGGCAAACCCAGAGCCCAUUCAUCCAAAUACCGACAUAUGUGGAAGAAUUACUCGUCUGACUACGCCUAAUCCAAUGCUCCGUGUCGUUGGUGGUGAUCCGGCCUUAGAAGGUGCCUGGCCGUGGCAGGUUGCGCUGGUAGAUCUCUCCGGGGACAUCUUUUGUGGUGGGACACUUGUCACUCCAGAAUUCGUCGUUACGGCUGCACACUGCUUUGUAUCCUAUACGGAGGUUGAUAUUGAGGUUAUCCUCGGAGAACAUCAUCUUGUGUAUCAGACAGGAAACGAAAUCAGACGUAGAGCCAAAGUUAUAGUAAAGCACACAGGAUACUCGGCCACUAACAACGCAGACGAUAUAGCGUUCGUCCAGCUGGACGCACCUGUUGACAUUUCCGGGCACUACAUUCGCACUGCCUGCCUACCAGAUCAAAAUCAACAUUGGACAGCGACUGAUAAAUGUUAUGUCUCAGGCUGGGGAUAUACAAAGAGCAUUGAUCGUGAUGACCGGCAUUUACAACAUUUGAGGGUGAAUCUUGUCUCGAACACGGAAUGUUCAGCGAGCUGGGGCAUUCAUGCUAACAUCACACAGAAUCAUAUUUGUGCUGGUACAGGCGCCACAGGGACGUGCAAGGGCGAUUCUGGAGGACCGCUUGUGUGUUUACGUAACGACACAUAUUAUCUUGUUGGAAUCACGUCUUUUGGACAUUACACUUGCAUGCGCGAUGGCUUUCCUGAUGUUUACACCAGUGUCAUCAAGUACAAAGAUUGGAUGACGUCAUACAUGCUUCUCCUCAAAGCAAUCGUCUAGAAGAAAACUUUCAAAGCUUAAUAUAUCUACAGCAAAACUUGUUUUAUAAGGAAAUAUUUUCGUUGUUUUAAUGAUGUAUGAAGUGGAUUUUAAUAAGAUUAUUUGCCCGUGAUAAAUGUGAUAUUGUCUAACAAAACAGAAACGAAAUUAUGCCAGAUAGCUAAUUAAAUUAUACGCUUGCGAUGAAAACCCACCAGAGAGACAAUCUGAUUAUAAGAUAAAUUGAUCAUGUUUUAAUUAGAACAGAUUUGAAUACGUUUACUGCAUUUAUCUUGACUAAUUGGAAUUAUAUAACAAAUUAUUCUCACAUUCCAGAGAUCCCUUGGCAGACUUUAUCGAACCGCUUCUACAUAAUAAAAAGUUGUUAAGAUAAAAAAGUAUAUGUUCAUAAAAAAUGUCAUAUAGCUGUUUUAUAUUUUUACUGGUUUAUAUUUAAAAAAAAUUCAAUUCAAAUAUUUGAUUAAAGUCUCAUUCACAUUACAUGUACAUAACAAUUUACAAAUAUCGAAUAUCACAAGAACAUGUAUGUGACAAAUCAUACAUGACUUAUCUGAGACUAUACAUUAUGGCAAUUUGUACACUAAAUCAAUACUAUACCAUAAAAACCCUUAUCAUCACUAAAACAAUGCUAUACCAUAAAAUCACUCAAAAGCUUUGAUAGUAACAGAAAUAUUUGACUUUAUCAAAAACUAUAACCAGAAAUUCAAAGUUAAAAAGGGGCAUAAAUCUGUCAAAAUUCAAAUCAGAGUUAUGGGGAUUGUUUCUCCUGGUGUAGACUGUGAUAGUAAAUAACUAUUUCAAGCUUCAAGUCAAAAGCUUUGAUAGUAACAGAGAUAUAUUUGACUUUAUCAAAAACUUUAACAACAAAAUUCUAAGUGAAAAAGGGGCAUAAAUCUGUCAAAAUUCAAAUCAGAGUUAUGGGGAUUGUAUCUCCUGGUGUAGAUUUUGAUAGUAAAUAACAAUUAAGUUUCAAGUCAGUAGCUCUGAUAGUAACAUAGGUAUUCAAUCUUAUCAAACACUUUAACCAACGGUGACGCCGAAGCCGACGCCGACGCCGACACCGGGGCGAGUACAAUAUCUCUAUAUUUUCUUCGAAAAGUCGAGCUAAAAAUACUUACUACGGUACACAAUUUUGAUAAAAUGGUAAGAAGCCUUAUUCAUAUACAAGAUGCGUUCAAAUGUACUAUUCUAGCAGUAGCUUUAUUACAUUUGUCACAUAAAACAGUGACUGAGAAUUUAGAAUAUAUAUACAAAAGUACAUUUAUGACCUAGAAUAUAAAAAUUUCCUAUGUUCGGAUAAAAUUGUAGGGAGCAAUAUAUGCAUUCUUGUCAUGUUUAAAUGUUGCAAGUAGUUUUUCAUCAUCUGACAAGUUUUCAUAGUUAACAUUUGACAUACUAUUUAUUGCAGAAAUCAGUUCAGUUCUACAUUCAUUGUACAAAGGGCAUUUAUAUAAUACAUGUUUCUCAUCUUCUAAAACAUCCUGACAAUUAAAACAGCAUCUUCUCUUAAUUCUAAGUUUUCAUACCUUCCGGUCUCCACUCGUAAUGGUGCUACACCACAUCUAAAUUUUGUAAAAGCUGAUCGAUAAUGAAAAUGCAUAUUGGAUUUUAAAUAUUUCUCUGAACAGAACUCUGACUUGAAACUUCUAUAUGUUCUCAGGUUAUUACCACCAUUUCCUCUUUAUACGUCAAAAUUGUUUAUCUCAUCUGUAAGACCUUUGAAAAUUCGUUCACGAUUACGUUUUCUUGACUUAUUAGAGUUUUUAAGUAUAUAAUAGAUACUCUCGGUUUAACAUGCAUGUAAUUCGUGAAAGGUGAAAAUCUAUGUUCAGUGGACAUUGACAUUUAUGCAGACCUUUUUCUUCGUAUCUAAAAAGCGUUUAAAGGCAUUUUUGAAACAGAUAUUUGUUCGGUUAAUAGAAAAUGUGAAAAGGUGUAUAAUCAUAUCAUAUACGGUAAAGCAUUUUCAUCAUUUUUCAACUAAUAAAUAUAUAAAUAAUUCAUGUUUACAUGUUUGAAAUGGUCUAUUUAAAUUCCCUCAUCAUGUAGUUUAAUACAAUAAACGAGUGUGUAUGGGAAUAAUAAAU